CCUCCUCCUCCUCCUCCUCCUGCCGUGCCACAGGAUCCUCCCGCCGCCAAGAUGCUGCACAAGAGCUCCACCUUCAGUUCCUUCACCUCCGGGACGGCCAAGAUCGGCUCUUGGUUCAGCCACAUCGGCGACCGUCGCAGGAAGACCUCAGCCAACUCCGUCCUCAAAACCUCCAAGUCCCUCCAGUUAGGUGUGGUGCACGAGGUACCAAGGAUAGGGAGUGAUGGCGAGAGCGAAGAAGCUUCGGGAGCCAGCGAUGAGGUCACCUCUCCUGUCAACGUCAAACUCAGGCAGAAAAAUCGGCGUAUCACACAAGAGGAUAUCAACAAACGCUUAUCGCUGCCGGCGGACCUGCGGGUGCCCGACGCCUUCCUCCAGAAGACGGCCAUCAGCCCCGACGGACCUCUCAGCAGGGCCUCGCGGAGACAAUCCCUCUCGGAGAUCGGCUUUGGGCGCAUGGAAACCUACACCAAGCUCGAUAAGUUAGGAGAGGGUACAUAUGCAACUGUGUACAAAGGACGGUCCCGACUAACAGACGCGUUAGUAGCCCUGAAAGAAAUUCGUCUGGAGCAUGAGGAAGGUGCACCAUGUACAGCCAUCAGGGAAGUGUCACUUCUCAAGGAACUUAAACAUGCAAAUAUUGUGACGUUACAUGAUAUUGUUCAUACAGACAAGAGUUUAACUCUUGUAUUUGAAUAUUUAGACCGGGAUCUCAAACAGUAUAUGGAUGAAUGUGGAGCACAACUAUCAAUGAAUAAUGUUAAGAUCUUCCUGUUCCAACUGCUUCGAGGGUUAGCCUAUUGUCACCAGCGGCGAGUUCUUCACCGAGACCUCAAGCCUCAGAACCUUCUCAUCAAUGACAAGGGAGAACUCAAGCUGGCAGACUUUGGCUUGGCACGUGCCAAGUCAGUGCCAACCAAGACGUACAGUAACGAAGUAGUGACGUUGUGGUAUCGGCCUCCGGAUGUACUACUAGGCUCAACAGAAUAUUCAACACAAAUUGAUAUGUGGGGAGUUGGAUGCAUCAUGUACGAGAUGAUCAGCGGACGACCACUCUUCCCAGGUGCCACAGUCGAAGAUGAGCUCCACCUAAUAUUCCGAACCUUGGGCACCCCUACAGAAGCCACCUGGCCUGGCAUUAGCACCAAUGAAGAUUUCAAUCAGUAUUCUUUCUCGUCUUAUACUGGAGAACCCUUGCUAGCCCGAGCACCAAGACUUGCCCAUGAUUCAGCUGUCGGACUUUUAACGAAGUUCCUCUUGUAUGAAGCUAAGAAGAGGAUUUCUGCAGCAGCAGCACUAAAACACUCAUUCUUCGAGUCUUUAGGUCACACAGUUCACACUCUCAAAGACCAGGAUUCCAUCUUCUCGUGUCCAGGAGUGAUGCUAACACGCGACCACAACUACAAAGUAACGAAUGGCAGUCAGGCCAAGACGCGGCGCCAGAGUAUGCACUUCUGAGCCCUGCCCAAGAUUCCUUCCCAUCAGUUUUGGUUUAAGACCCAGUCUGAAGACAGUCAAUCACAAAAGAAAUAGCAAGGGUCUUGACGGAGUAACCUUGGAAAGAAGCUGGUCAAGAAAAGGGCUGUUUGUGCGAUGUAAAUUUUGAUGGAAAUGUACUAUAACCAUUCCUGAAGAAACACUAAAUGAUGUCAUGGAUUCCUCAGCAACCAGGAAGCUCUGCGUACAUUUGAAACACCUUGCUGUCUAUUGUAACUCAAGUUGAUCAGGAACGCUUCCAUUGUCACUGGCAAUGGAGUGAUGCUUCUAUCAUACAAGUCCCUUUUUUCUUUUGUUUUGAUAAGGUGAUUUUUUGGAGGGCAUAGGUGUGUUUACGACUGUGUCAAGUAAUAUGUAUCUUUGCCAGUUUAGACAGGGUUUCUAGAACCUUUAGUUGUAAUAGUGUAAUAUUUCAAUCAUGUUUAGAAAUUCAAUCUCUCAACUUCUAUUCUGUUAGAUAUUAAUCAAAACACACUCUGCAAAAUUUAGCGUAGUUUCAUCAGGUAUACCUAUGGUUCUCAAAUUAAUCACCUUGCCAUAAAGUUGGUCAUAAAAGUAUAAAAGGUAGUUAUCUGCUGGUCAGAAUUGCAACUGCCACUUCCAUAGUAAUGGACUCUUCACUUGGAGGAAGAGGCUUUCCAGUAUACCGUAUGACCAAACUCCUGAUCAUAUUAGGUUUUGCUCUACAGGAUAUCUGCAUAGAUGCAGUUUUACUGAACUCUGUGAUGAUUCGCUCAAUAUUACUUGAAAAUUUAACAUUGUAAUGGCUACCUGUUCCAAUUGUAUGAAGGAAAAAAAUUUAAAGAUAGAAAUCAUUGACUUUCUAAUGUGGAUGAUGACAUAUCAUAGAGAAGAAUGAAUGCCAAUGAAAAGGCUGGUGGAAAUACAGGCUUGCGAAUGGAGAACAAGAAAGGUUUAUCAGUGUUGAGCAUAUUACAGGGAUAUAGAUCUCCUCAUCGAUUCUGAAGCAGGAAAUCUGUGAUUGGGUUACAUAAAAGGCAAGUUACAAUUGUGCCCCAUUACUCUCUAGCUUCCCAUCUCUUGUUUUAACUAUGUGCAAUGUAUUGUACUUCAUUUCAUAGAGUUGGAUACUUUUGCAGUUUCUGUGCAGAGUAUCUCUCAUUUUUUUCAUUUUGUAUGGUUGCCAUAUAGGCUCUUCCUAAGUAGUUAUUAAUAUGUUAAAGAUUAUGUGAUAUAAAACUUAAUAAUUUUUUGAAGUUCAUGGUUAUAUGACACCUCUACAUUUAUUUUGAUACAUGAUACUCUAUCCUAAUACAGAAACUUUUCACCCAACAUUUUCUUGCUGAAAAUUCCAGUUCAGUAGAUUGUUUUGUACCUGAUGAAAUCUCAAUGUUUGUACCGGUGAGGUGGUACACAAACCUCUCCCUGGUUGUCAUCAGGCACACCUCACUUGCAAUAACUCUUGGGUUGUUUUAGUUACAUGGAAGUUUGGGUCAAGUUGUGAUGAAGAGGAACCCCGUAAAGACUGCACAUUCUUUCUUGGGGAAUUUAGUACUUCUGUAACUCAUAGAAAGGAAAUGUUUUUGCUGGGGAGUAUCUCAUUCUACAACUCAUGACAGUAAGAAAUGAUUCUACUACAUCAACUUGAUGGAGAAGAGGGUGUCCUCUUAAUACCGAUGACUUUAAAUAACCCACAAGCAUUCCAGUCUAUUAUUCUAUAUUUUUCUUUCUUUGAGUAAAUGAAUUCCUUAAUACACACAAAGCAUUUAAUUCACCCUGUUUUUAGGAGUCAUUGCAAGUAUCGUUCAGUAUUUCUGGAGAGGUAUAUAUCAUGUUUUAAUCUUGUUAAUGUAUUUUUUCUUAAGCUAGAAUACAUGAAAUCUGACUUAAGCAAAGUUUGAGCCAACCUCUCCUUUUAACAUUCCUUAUGUGAUACAAUCCAAUAUUUGAAUAAAACAAUUGUGCUUUAUAUUUUUUUCCAAUUUGGGGAGCAAUUCACAGCCAUGAAAUCUGGUCUUGUUUGAUCAGAUCAGGGAGUCUAAGCCAAAGCAGUAGUUUAUAACCUGCUGUUUACUUUCUAUAGGAGGUUGAGCUACUUCAGAGGGUCAAAUGUACUGAUGAAAUAAAAUUAUGCUCUCUCUUUAUUUGAGGGAAUGAUUGACUCGAUCCAAAAUUGUGCAAGAUGUGUAAAGAAUUUCACCGAACAAAGAAAAACCUAACUAUUAAUUUGCCAUGUAUAUUUAGAACCGAACCGAUUCUAUUUUUGAACAGGUGUCAACUAUGACUAUAAUGUAUAUUUUCAACUAUUUCUAUCAUAGGUUGAAGAACAGCAUGACAUUGUGUCAAUGAUGUGUCCAAAAUGAUUAAAGAAAAUAAAACAUUA